AGCUAAGCGAAGAAGCUAACACCCUGCCCUGUCCAUCAUCGCCCACGAAUCUCCUGCAGACUCCUCAAUUGUAUCCCUUCAUCUCCAGCAACGCAUGAGAAUACCUCUAUGCCCUGUCCAUCGCCGGCAUGCUUGAGCAGCAGACACAGACAGCUUCAGGUGAAGUGCCUGCUGCCGUCCUUCCCAGCCUCAACACUCCGAGGGCGUCACGUCAGCUCCUGUUGUGAAUCGGGUCCGAGCCCCGCCGGACCUUCCACUUGCUCGUCUGCGCCGCGCCAACGGCCGUCGCCGUGACGAGCCGCUUCCCUGUCCAAGAGCUGCCGCCGCCGCCGCCGCCUGCCGCGGGUGCCUCUGCUGGCGUCGGCGCCCGAUCACGGCCGAGGACCACGUCCUCUCUCCUCAGGCCGCUCACCACGGCAGCAGGGUGUGCCGCCAGGAGGCAGACAAAGGCCGAUAUGGCGAACAGCCUUGACCACCUUCUUGCGCUCGCCAUGCUGCUGCUGCUGCUGCCGCCGCUCAGCUGGAGACAUGCAGCUUGUGCUGCCUGCUGCUGUGCUUUGGCUCUAGCGGCUUGGUUGAUGCAGUACAAUCAUCAGUCACAGCACUGUCCUGUCUGUAGAUAUAGCACAACAACCCCAAGGCCACGCCGGGUCCCAAAGCACAACAAAGGGGCAAGGGACGGCACGACAUGUCUAAGGCUGCUCAUAGAAGGUUCUGAGACCCUGACAGGUACAUUUUGCAAAAGCCAUUGGAGGACUGGAUGGCCAUGUAGGGCACAACCAGAGCACCAGCAAAGAACCAACCAAGCCCUUGCUUUAGACCUCUGUUUGUUGCCAUCUGCGCCAUCUGCCUUUACCUAUUACUACUGUCUUCAGUAAAAAAAAACAACCAACAAACAAACAAACAAACAAAACUGAAGCAUUCAUGCAUAGGUAGAGAGUAGAGGCUGUGGUAGCCAGCAGACACCAGUACAACCCAAGUCUUUGCGCUUUUGUAUGCUUUCCAUUCCAUCUCUUGCGCUUGCCCUUCUUGCAAGAAGCACCCUUUUCGCUUUGAAUCUUCCAAGGCCACCAAAGCUACCCAUUCAAACUUAAAGGACCUGCACCGAGUUUCAAUAGCUUCUUUCUUUCCUCACGUUUCUCCAUGUAAGAUGAUACGCUAACACCCAAUGCUUUGCCUGCUUUGGCGCAGAACGCAGAGAGAGAGAGAGGGUGAAUCUUAAAGCAAGUUUUAGGGAUCCAACGGGUGUGGUUUCUUGGUCAUGGUCCAAGGAUGACAUUUUUAUCAGAGUGCCAAAGUUGAAAGAUAAGGGGGGGAAAACAGAAACUAACGUCUUUUAAAGUAAAGAUAGGGACAGCUUACCUGCAAAUAUACUGAUUUAUUGAGUGCCGAGCACUUAGAUGCAGAAAACAAGUAGAUGAAUAGCUAUAAAUUGAUGCAAGAUUAUGAUAAGAUCCCAAUAUAUUCCCUGCUUGUGAAGUGGGCAAGGGAGCCCACAAGAUCGCCCUAGCUGCAAAAGGAAAGGAGGAAAAAAUUAAAGGUGGGUGGAGGAAUGAAUUUUCCAUGAUUUGGCCGGCCUUUUCUUUGGACAGAUUCCUAAAGUGCUAAUUCAGUUAUCUUAUUUUGAAAGGUAAAAGAUUUCCACAUUCAUGUCUUGCUAAAGGACCAAUAAACUAACAAUCAACAGGCUUUCGUCUAGGUCUCUAGGACGGCAAGUUAGUUACACACAAAAAAUUGGGAUCCUAUUAUACAAAAGAGCAAUCAUAUCAUGCUAGUUAUGGAACAAAAUUAGGUCUACAGAUCCUAGGUCAUAAAAGGCAAUGGAAAGCAACAAAUUCAGAUUUACUUCUCUGCUAAGGAAUAGGUAAUGCAACAUUGGCCAGAGUUAGUGAGUUAUUACCAGAUAAAAAGAGCCAUGAUCUUAAAGCAGAUAACAUGUUGAUCCGAUCACAGUAAUGAUGGUGCCCUGAUUAAAGUAACAUCACAGCUGAUUCCAAAUGGCAUGGUUAUUUUUCUCUUGGUCAUAGUUACUUGCAAAGUUAUGUUAUAUGCUAGUAAAGACGUACUAGUACAGAACAAACCAACUUUUACCAAAGAUUGCAUUGGAGCUAAGGCAUGUCCUUUUACUUCUCUUUAAUCUGAGCUGUUAAGACAUAAUGCUUGCAUUCACUAACUACCCAUAAUUUAAUCUGAAACAGAUUUUGUAAAAUUGAUAGUGCAGCAACUUAGAGCGUUUCAUCUAAUCUACUUAGAAAAAUGACAAAAAAUUUAAUCUGAAACGGAUUGUGUAAAAUUGAUAGUGCAACAACUUAGAGCAUGUCAUCUAAUCUACUUAGAAAAAUGACUCGUACGGCACUUAAUUGCUCACAACUGCAUAUGGAGACACGUCCGUGGUCCACAUAUGAUCAAUAUUUUGCAGGACAUUAGAGAUGAGGCUAACCCAUGGUGCAUGGUGGGUCCAAAUGCCUUAAAAGCAUUUGACCAUGAUUCUGUUAUUAGGUCAUUGAUUGAGGUUUUUUGGCAUUUUCUCUUGUUCUUUGGACCUUUGCGCUAAUGGGCAUGUAUGAGUAUUCUGUCUCUUUUCUUCUUAAUUAAAAUGACACCCAGAUCUCCUGCAUGAUCAAGAAAAAAGAAUCGUCCAUAUCCAUCUUCGUAAUUGAUACAAGAAAAUUUGCAAAUUAUGGUGAAAAGCAUCAGUUGUUACUGUGAACAAAGUAGCCCUACAUUCUUUUUUAACGUAAAAAGAAGCCCAACAUUCAAUUCUCAGAUUUCCAAGAUAUGCUUUGUAUUCCCAUGAAAAUAGGUAUUCUUACUCAUAAGUAGCUUAAUCGAAGACAACUGCAUAGUUGCUUGAAGUCCUACAAAUGGAUCGAUAAUUUUUGUCUCUAUUCUCUAUACCUUAUUGAAGUGCAUUUGUCCUGAUGCUAUUUUCAGUCUAAAAGAGUAGUUUAGACUGAGAACCGUACCGCCUUAAGUACGCCACUGAAAAAUUGUAGCUGGUGGGCAAACAGAAAGAUGUUCAACAAAAGGUAAAGGUGAAAGAGAAAGUACAACAUGUUCAAAUGAACCUUCAUACCCUUGCUUCGGUGAAAAGCGAGCGGUCUGUUCGGACUAGACUUGUCCACACCUGCAAAAAUGCCACCAGAUCACCUGAUAAAAUCAUAUGAUUUUCAAUUGGGGUUAAAACCGUUUUUGUGAUGUUUCUAUGCCUUGACAAAGAGAAUCUGCAAACUUCAGUGACUCUUGUAACAAAAUGUUACCACUAAGUGAUCGCAAGAAAAAACAGAAUAUUUCAGGCAGGAAACAAGCCCAGAUCAAGAGAUUCCUUCUUGGCGUUUGAAAUGGAAGCAGCGAGCGCACGGGGAUUGUGAAGCAAAGCAGUGGUUUGCCCUGGAGCAUCUCCACUGCACGUCCCUGUGUGAUGCCAAUUUCUUGCUCCAUUUAUGCCAGAGAAGAAGCGACGGCCGAAGAAGCCACACCACGCUUUCGCCCUGCCCUAAAAGUCAUGGCUACUCGGCUAGGCAUUCCGUCGAGCAGAUGGGCAGCGCCCUGUAUCAACAGAGGCGCACGACGCAGGGGCGGCAAUUUGCAUCGGCGAGGCUGCGGCGGUGCGGCCUGGGAACAACCGAAGCGAAUGGAACUGGGAUCGGAGUGAUGGAUAGCAAUAUAGCAUCGGUGUAGAUUCCUGUGGCGAGGAAUUUGCGUGGGAUUUUCGGAAAUGCAGAAGCCUGACUGGACAGGGCCUGCUGCAGAGCAAACGCCUUUUUUGGGCGGAAGAACCGCACCGCAGCACAAAAAAAAGCCCUCUGCAUCCACCCGUCCACGUGUCCGAUUCCGAUCUGACGGACCGGAUGGAAGCACCGGAACUGACGGCCCCGCCGGGCGCCGGUCACUGAGAGUGGCAAAGUAGCAAUUUUUUCGACUGCGAGACGACACCGGGAAGAGAGAGGAGCCGCCCGCCGCCGCCUCAGGCCUCAGUCCAGACCCCUCGUCUCACUCGCUCCGCCGCUGGCGAUUGGUGAAGAGAGCUCCGAGGUGGGCUCUACUCGUCGCGGUUCUCGCGAGGUCCGCCGAUCCGCGCCCCGCUCUGGAUCUCUGGCUGAUUUGUUGUUCUGCAAGGGUGUGGUAUGGCACGAAACUUGACUGAGAACAGGACCAGAAAUACACUAAUUGUGAUUGUGGUUUUUGGCCUCUGUUCCUUCUUCUAUCUCUUGGGUGCUUGGCAGAAAAGUGGUUCUGGAGGAGGAGACAGAAUACAGAAUUGGGUCAAUGAGCAGACCAAAUGUGCACAACUUCCAAAUCUGAGUUUUGAGACCCAUCAUAGUGCAUCCAACCUUCCAAAUGAUACUGGUAGUUCCAAAAUCGAACCUUUCAAACCAUGUGAUGAGCAGUACACUGAUUACACUCCUUGUGAGGAGCAAAAGCGUGCGAUGACCUUCCCUAGAGAUAACAUGAUCUAUCGGGAGAGGCAUUGUCCACCGGAUAAGGAGAAGCUUUAUUGCCUGAUCCCAGCACCAAAGGGUUAUGUUGCUCCUUUUCGAUGGCCAAAGGGCCGUGAUUUUGUUCCUUAUGCCAAUGUACCACACAAGAGCCUUACUGUUGAGAAGGCUAUCCAGAACUGGGUGCACUAUGAGGGCAAUGUUUUCAGGUUUCCUGGUGGUGGAACACAGUUUCCUCAGGGUGCAGAUAAAUAUAUAGAGCAGCUUGCUUCUGUCAUCCCGAUAGCUGAAGGGAAAGUGAGAACUGCACUGGAUACUGGUUGUGGGGUUGCGAGUUUGGGUGCUUACCUGUUGAAUAAAAAUGUUUUGACCAUGUCAUUUGCACCACGGGAUAAUCAUGAGGCACAAGUACAGUUUGCAUUGGAGAGAGGUGUCCCUGCAUAUAUUGGUGUCCUCGGAUCAAUAAAGCUGCCAUUUCCAUCUCGUGUUUUUGACAUGGCCCAUUGCUCGAGAUGUUUAAUUCCAUGGAGUGGAAAUGAUGGUAUGUACAUGAUGGAAGUUGACAGAGUACUAAGGCCUGGUGGAUUUUGGGUGCUAUCAGGCCCACCCAUUGGCUGGAAGAUUCACUAUAAAGGGUGGCAACGUUCAAAGGAAGAUCUUCGGAAUGAGCAAAGAAAAAUAGAACACUUCGCACAACUUCUUUGUUGGAAGAAGGUAUCUGAGAAGGAUGGUAUCGCCAUAUGGACAAAGAGGUUAAAUGACAAGUCUUGCUCCAUGAAACAAGAUAAUCCAAAUGGUGGUAAAUGUGAUUUGACAAGCGACAGUGAUGUGUGGUACAAGAAGAUGGAAGUUUGUAUGACCCCCCUACCCGAGGUUAAUAGUGUAGAUGAGGUUGCCGGUGGUCAACUAGAGCCUUUUCCCAAGAGGCUUUAUGCAGUACCUCCUCGUAUAACCGAUGGCUCUGUGCCUGGUUUCUCAGUUGAGUCAUAUGAAGAGGACAAUAACCUUUGGCGGAAACAUGUUAAGGCUUACAAGAAAAUCAAUAACUUGCUUGAUACUGGAAGAUAUCGCAAUAUAAUGGAUAUGAAUGCUGGUCUCGGUAGCUUUGCUGCUGCACUAGAAUCUCCAAAAGUAUGGGUCAUGAAUGUCAUUCCAACAAUUGCAAAUACUUCCACUUUAGGUGUAAUCUACGAGCGUGGAUUAAUAGGAAUGUAUCAUGACUGGUGUGAAGGAUUUUCUACUUAUCCAAGGACAUAUGACCUCAUACAUUCUAAUGAUAUCUUCAGCUUGUACCAAAACAAGUGCCAAUUUGAAGAUAUACUCCUGGAAAUGGACAGAAUCUUACGCCCAGAGGGUGCAAUCAUAAUUCGUGACAAGGUUGAUGUUCUUGUAAAAGUGGAGAAGAUAGCCAAUGCCAUGAGGUGGAAGACAAGAUUGGCUGAUCAUGAGGGUGGCCCUCAUGUACCUGAGAAGAUACUCUUCGCGGUCAAGCAAUACUGGACUGCUGAAAAAACAAGCAGCUAACGUUGUUCAUUUUCAUUUUUUUCUCCAGUCACAGCUAACUUGCCCCCUGGCUGUGUUUAUUGGAAAAAUUUCUGUCGAUUAUACAGCCCAUGUUUGUUACUGAAAAUAUAAAACAACCCCCUUGAGGGGGAGUAAAUUAUGUGGGAUUUAGCUGUGAACUUGGGAUUUGAUUAUUCCACUGGUGCCGAGACGCAGAAGACAUGCCAAAAGGAUCAAUUGGCAUUGUACUAGUGACUCAUAUCUGAUCAGACAGAUGCAACUGCUUAUAGUUGGAACCCUGCAGCAGUCCGUCAGGAAGUUAUGAACUAGCAGUGAACUUAUAGUUUUGUAUAGGACUCCUUUGCCCCUCCACUCACUUUUUUUUUGUUGUAUCUCAGAAUUUCAUCAACUGGAUUGUAUCUCAACCCAUAAGGUCUUCCUAUCCUAUUUUAUUUUAAUUGACAAACAUUUUGGGCC